AAGAAGAAAUGUAAUGAAUAUUAAUAUUUUAGGUUACCAAGAGGAUAGUAAAAUAUUAGAUUAAUAUUUUUAUAGCGCUUUUAUUAGUAAUAUUGGAAUGAUGUUGUAUGUUACUUGCUGGAUGGCAUAAUAUUGUUAUCAAGCUAAGUCUUACAAUAUUGCAGAUCUAACAGGAAUGGAUCAUUAUCAAACAUGGGUUAUAAUGAAUAUAGCUGGAGCAAGUUGUCUUUUAUUAGGACUCUUGAUUAGUUUGGCUAAAAUUGCAAUUGAUUAAGCUGCCUUAGGGUAUGGAUCAUUGGGAAUCAGUUUAAUUGGAUGGAUUUUAAUAACAAUCGGAAUGGGAAUAGGAUCAGAUACAGCUUAAGUUUGAAUUUUUAAAUAUAUUAAGUUCAAAGACACUUCUCUUGAUUAUAAUAUUCCAGUGUCAAAUUGGUUUGCAAUGACAGGUAUUUGUUUCCAAAUUGCAUUUAAUGGAUAUGAACAUUCAAUUUAAGAGGAUGAUAGCACUGGCUAAACAAGUAAAUAAGUAGAAAUCUGAUUAUUAAUAUAUAUCAUCACAUAAAUAUAAUAUAUUAUAAUAU